AUGACGAUCGCUCGGCCACAGUACCCGCCGUUCAAGCACGUCCAGCCGACCAAGGAGAACCUCCCCUUUGUCGAGCUCGGCGUCGUUGACCUGUCCAAGUACCGCGACGGCCCUGAGGGUCUCGCCGCUCGUCAAGCUCUCGCCGCCGACCUCGAGGAGGCCAUCACGACCCAAGGCUUCUUCUUCCUCGAGGGUCACGGGUUCCCGCACGACAAGCUCGAGUACCUCCAGGCCGUGUCGCAGGCCAUCCUCGACCUCCCGCUCGACGAGAAGGCCAAGUUCCCCGCCGGCGCGGCCCAGUCGGACGGCGACUCGUUCGACGACAAGACCAAGCUCGGCGCCGAGCGCGGCAGCGGGUUCAAGCCGCGAGGGUACUGGAGCAUGCAGGCCGGCGUGCGCGACCAGAUCGAGCACUUCAACUACGCGAGCCUCGCCUUCCUCUGCCCUCUUCCUCCCCCGUUCGUUCCGCCCUCGAGCCUGUGCCUCACUGGCUCGUCGCGAUCUUCCCUGACCACCUCUCGCCGACAGCGCAACCUCCUUCACCCGACCUUGCGCAACGAGCAGGCCUACCCCGACCUCGUGCGGCGGCACCUCCCCGAGACGACCGAGUACUUCUCGUACCUGCAUCUCGUCGUCGUCCGCAAGCUGUCGUCCCUGUUCGACAUCAUCCUCGAGCUGCCCGAGGGCACGAUCUGGUCCCUGUUCGAUGUCACCGAGGACAAGCCCGAGGUGUCGGGCGGCGGUUUCGGGCGCGCCAUGCUUUACCACGGCAUGAGCGCCGACGACGAGGCGAAGACCAAGGGCGACUGGCUGCGCGGUCACAGCGACGCGUCGUCGCUCACCUUCAUCACGCCGCAGCCCAUGGCGAGCCUCCAGUUCCGCGACUAUCACGACGGCCAGUGGAAGUUUGUCGGGUACCGCCCAAACGCCCUCGUCGUCAACCUCGGCGACCGCUUCGAGUUCCUCACCGGCUCGUUCGCCAAGUCGACGAUCCACCGAGUCGUCGGUCCUCCCGCCGACCAGCGAGGCCACCGCCGCCUCGGCCUGAUCUACUUUUGCGACUUCAAGCCGUCGGUCCUGAUCGACCCCUUGACGCUCUCGUCGCCCAAGCUGGACCGCCUCGGGUUCACCAAGCCCGCCGAAUGGGAGCGCAUCACGGGCGAGCAGUGGGACGACGUCAAGGGCAAGUCGUUCGGCAAGAGCAAGAUCAACGACCGCGACGGCGACGAGCCCAACGAGCUGCUCAUCUAUGGUCGCCUCGCCGAGCGGUGGCACCAGCUCGGUAAGUGAGCGCGCGGCCCAACGAGCUGCUCGUCUAUGGCCGCCUCGCCGAGAGGUGGAAACAGCUCGGAGCGGGAGCGCGCGGCCCUCUUCCUCUCUCGCCCUUUCCCCUUCAGUAGCUGGCCCGGUCUUUUGUGCUGUAUCUAGAGACGUUUCAUG